AUGCCCAGUAUCAAAUUCUUCUACUCCCCGGACGCCUGCUCCAUCAUCCCACACAUCCUCCUCCAUGAAACAAAGACCACUUUUGAAGCCAUCCGAAUCGAAAUGGAAGGAACCGAUCUCAGCUUCCCCGAGAGCUUCCGCAAAAUCAACCCUAAAAGCCGCGUCCCUGUAAUCGCCCUCGACAACGAGGUCAUCACGGAAGUCCCGGCCGUCUCAACGAUUAUCUCUAGCCUGACACCGGAAGCACACCUCCUGGGCCGAACCCCGAUCGAGACGGCCCGGGUUCAUGAAUGGAUGAAUUAUGUAGCUGGGACAGUGCAUGCGGGAGGUAUUAGCCAUGUCUUCCGGCCGGGGCGGUGGACUGUUUCGACGGAGGAGAAGGACUUGGAGAUGAUUAAGAGGAGAGGAUUGGAGAUUUUGCGGAAUUGUUUUCCGUUGAUUGAGGAGAGGUUAACCGGGGAGUAUGCCGUUGGGGAGGACUUUACUGCUGCUGAUGCGUUUUUGUAUUUUGCUUAUCGCUGGGGAGUCACAGCAGAGAUUGACAUGCAGGUGUAUGCCAAAUUUACGCAGUUAGCGCGAAGAGUUGAGGGAAGGGAGACGGUGCAGACAGUGCUGAGGAGCGAGAGGAUUCAUUCUCUCUUUUGA